AUGGUCCUCCGGCACUCGCUGACGCUGGGUUUGCUGCGCGGCGGCUUCCUGCGCGCGCCCCACUGCCGCCGCCGGCUCGCCCUCCGCGCCGGCGAGGGCGCCGCCCCGGAGGCGCUGCCGGCGGCGAGCGCCUACCACACGCCAGUUAUGGGCAACGAGUGCGUCGACUGGCUCGUCACGAAGCGCGACGGCUUCUACGUCGACGGCACGCUCGGCGGCGGCGGCCACUCGUCGCUCAUCCUCGCGAAGCUCGGAGACGGCGGGCGGCUCGUCGGCGUCGACCGCGACGCGGCCGCCAUCGAGGCCGCGGGCGACCGCCUCGCGGCGGACGGCCGCUUCUCGUCCGUGCACGCGAACUACGACGCGGGCGUGCGGCGCGCCGUGGAGGCCGCGGGGCGCAAGGCCGACGGCGUGCUGCUGGACCUCGGCGUGUCGAGCCGCCAGCUCGACGACGCGGCGCGCGGCUUCAGCUUCCGCGGCGACGGGCCCAUCGACAUGCGCAUGGACGGGCGGGACGGCACGACGGCGUCGGACCUCGUCAACGGCCUCGACGAGCGGGACCUGGCCUUCCUGCUGCGGGCGAACGCGGACGAGCCGAACGCGGGGCGCGUCGCGCGCGCGCUGGUCGCCGCGCGGCCGCUGGGCUCGACGACGGCGCUGGCGGACGCCGUCGCCGCCGCCGUGCCCCGGCAGAAGCGCUCGGCGCCCGCGGCCCACGCCCAGGCGCAGAAGAAGGCCGUCGCGCGCGCGUUCCAGGCGCUGCGGGUCGAGGUCAACGACGAGUUCGGCGCGCUCGAGCGGCUGCUGCUGGACCUGCCGGCGCUCGUCGCCGAGGGCGGCCGCGUCGUCGUCCUCACGUACCACUCGCUGGAGGACCGCCGCGUGAAGCGCAUCUUCCGCGACGGCCGGCUCCGCGGCGACGCGCCGCGGGACGACUACGGCAACAAGCUCGCGCCCUUCGCGCCGCUGCACCGGAAGGCGCUCCCGCCGUCGGAGGGCGAGGUCGAGCGCAACCCCCGCGCGCGGUCCGCGAAGCUCCGCGCCGCGGAGCGGACGGACAUUACUAUGGAGUAA